AUGUCAUCUGAACCAGAAGCCCCAGAUCAAUCCAUUUUGUUUUUGAAUAUCUCACUGUACUAUAUAAUUCACCAAUCAGGCCCCUCGAUUACAGCCACACCUGCGAAAAGAUCGCAAGAAGAAGAAGAAGAAGUGACAAUGUCAUCUCCUCCUUCAGUCGUCGAUGACGAUACUUCCAAAUCUGACUACCUCCCUCUCAGACCAAUCCCUGGCGGCUACGGCCUCCCAUUCUUCGGCCCCAUUCUUGAUCGUUACGACUAUUACUACAACCAAGGCCGCGACAAUUUCUUCAUCUCCAGAAUCCGCAAGUAUAACUCCACCGUCUUCCGAACCAACAUGCCUCCUGGUCCGUUCGUCGCCUCCAAUCCUAGGGUUGUCGCCGUCCUCGACGCCCUCAGCUUCCCUGUCCUCUUCGACGUAUCCAAGGUUGAGAAACGCGACGUCUUCACCGGAACCUACAUGCCCUCCACCACCUUCACGGGCGGCCACCGUGUCUGCGCUUACCUCGAUCCCUCCGAGCCCAAACACACCCUCCUCAAGCGCUUCUUCUUCUACCUCCUCUCCUCCAAGAAAGACCAGGCAAUCCCGCUUCUCCGAAGCCACUUGUCGGAGAUGUUUCAGAAGCUUGAAGACCAGCUCCUCGCUAAAAGGCAGGCUUAUUUCAACUCCGUAAGCGAUAACGAGCUCUUUAACUUCGUGUUCCGCCUCUACUGUGGAAAAGAUCCGAACCAAACAAAACUCGGAUCCUGGGCCCCGACUUACUUCGAGUUCUGGGUAUAUCCUCAGGUCGCACCGCUCGGAUCCCUCGGACUACCCUGGUACUUCUUUCCUAUUAACGUAAUCGAAGAUUUCUUCCUCCAUACCGUGCCUUUCCCGGCGUUCUUGCUCAAGUGGCUUCACCAGAAGCUAUACGACGCCAUUUACACGUCUGCCCUGGAUGUGUUGGACGAUGCGGAGCGUAUCGGGCUAAGCAGAGAAGAAGCAUGCAAUAACUUGCUAUUCGUUCUGGGAUUUAACACUUAUGGUGGUGUCAAAAUCGUAAUUCCCAGUAUGAUGAAGUGGGUGGGAUUAGCUGGGGAGGGUCUACAUAAAGAACUUGCGGACGAGAUAAGAAGUGCGGUGAAGGCAGAAGGUGGGGUGACAUUAGGAGCUUUGGAUAAGAUGCCGUUGAUGAAAUCAGUGGUAUGGGAAGUACUGAGGAUUGACCCACCAGUUCAGUUUCAGUACGGCAAGGCAAAGGAGGAUGUGGUGGUGCGGAGUCACGACGCAGCAUUUCAGAUAAAGAAAGGUGAGAUGGUGUUUGGAUAUCAGCCGUUGGUUACAAAAGAUCCAAGGGUGUUCAAGAAUCCGGAGGAGUUUGCGGGGCAUAGGUUCGUCGGGGAAGGAGAAAAGCUGUUGAAGUACGUGUAUUGGUCAAACGGGAGGGAGACAGAAGGGGCCACGGAGGAGAACAAGCAGUGCGCGGGGAAGGAUGUAGUGGUGCUGAUGCUUAGGGUAACCUUGGUAGAACUGUUCCUACGCUAUGACACGUUUACGGUAAAACUUGGGAAGCCCUUGCUUGGUCCCACAGUGACCAUCACCUCCUUGACCAAGGCCACUUCCUACUAA